AUGCCGGUUACGAGAAGGAGUAAAAAUACAGGCAAGCAAAUAGAUAUGGCUGCCGGAGAAGGGAGUUGCCAAUCAUUACCUAGACAAGCUGAUCAAAGUGAGGCUCAAAAUGAGUCUCUAUCACAGACUUCCCCGACUCCUCCAUCUCUAGAUGAUUUAAGGAGGGAAGCAGCACCUCGAGAACCCCCUAUUAAUACUACUGAGCAAGAUUUAAAGAAUGCAGUCCAAUUAUUGACUCGUAUAGUUGCUGGCCAAGGGCAAAGGCAAGAAGGUCCAAUUGCAGGUACGAGUGGUGCAGAUAGGGCUACUAGUACGCGGAUACGUGAUUUUCUUAAUUUGGACCCUCCAUCAUUCACUAGGUCAAAUCCUAAAGAAGUUCCGCAAGACUUUAUUAAUCAGAUUCAACGAACUUUGGAUGUUAUGCAUGUAAGUGGUAAAGAAGCAGUUGAGCUAGCAACAUAUAGACUCAGGGGUAUGGCUAUAUUGUGGUAUGAAGCUUGGAAGCAAUCAAGGGUUACAGAUGCACCUUUAGCUAGUUGGAAACAGUUCAAAAAGGCAUUUCUUGACCAUUAUCUGCCAUUGGAGAUCCGAGAGGCCCGUGCUGAUCAGUUUUUAAAUCUCCACCAAGGGAAUAUUAGCGUGAGGGAGUACAGUCUCAAGUUUAAUUCUUUAUCCAGGUAUGCUCCUAAUGUAGUGUCCACUAUGGAGGAUAGAGUUCAUCGAUAUGUGGACAGAUUAGAUUCAUAUUUGGUUAGAGAUUGUACCAUUGCUUCUUUGAAUAAAGACAUGGAUAUAGCGAGGAUGCAAGCUUUUGCACAAAAGUUGGAGGAUCAAAGACCGCCUAGGCCAUCAUUUUCCUACUCUACAGCUAGUGCUCCACCCCGAGGGUCUAGGGGCGAUCAGUUUGGGCAAAGAGGUGAAAGCCAAAGCUCAAGAACAGCGGGGCACCACGAGCAGGGAAUUAUGAGCCAAUCAAGACCUCCUCGACAACUUUGUAUACAAUGCGGGAGAAAUCACCUAGGCACAUGUAGGCUUGGGACAGAUGCUUGUUUUUGGUGUGGUACACCGGGACACAUGAUGAGAAAUUGCCCUCAAAGGGGCAUGGGUGGUAUGGCACAACCUGCUGGAUCGAUUGCUGCAUCGUCUUCAUCAGUUCCUUCUUUAGGCAGGGGCACACAAAUGCCUGCAGGUCGUGGUAGAGGUGUUAGAGGGGCAACUAGUUUUAGUGGAGUUCAGAAUCGCACGUAUGCCCUAGGGAAUCGACAAAAUUUGGAGGCUUCACCGGAUGUGGUUACAAGUACAUUAUCCAUCUUUUCACAUAUUGUAUAUGCAUUAAUUGAUCCGGGGUCUACACUAUCAUAUGUCAUUCCUUUGAUUGCUGCAAAGUUCAAAAGAACACCAGAAUUAUUGGUUAAACCAAUUGAAGUGUCUACACCGAUUGGUGAAUCUAUUAUAGUUAGAAGAGUUUAUCGAAAGUGCAUAGUAACUGUUUGUGGUCGUAAUACAUUAGCUGACCUUGUUGAACUAGAAAUGGUUGAUUUUGAUGUCAUAAUGGGUAUGGAUUGGUUAGCUUCUUGUUAUGCUACAGUAGAAUGCCGAACUAAGAUGGUGCAUUUCCAUUUUCCAAAAGAGGCAGUCCUUGAAUGGAAAGGUAAUAUUGGGGCGCCAAGAGGUAAAUUUAUUUCUUAUUUUAAGGCGAGGAAGAUGAUGUACAAAGGCUACAUAUGCCAUUUAGUAAGAGUAAGAAAUAUAGAUGCAGAUCCACCAACUCUUCAAUCUGUUCCGGUGGUAAAUGAAUUUCCUGAAGAUCUUCCAGGUUUGCCUCCAGAACGAGAAGUAGAGUUUGGUAUUGAUAUAAUUCCAGAUACUCAACCUAUCUCCAUUACUCCAUAUAGAAUGGCCCCGGGUGCUAAGUGCUUUUCAAAAAUUGACUUGAGGUCGGGUUAUCACCAAGUGAGGGUCAGAGAUCAAGAUAUACCCAAGACGGCUUUUCGAACACGGUAUGGUCAUUUCGAGUUUUUAGUUAUGUCAUUCGGGCUAACAAAUGCACCAGCAGCUUUUAUGGAUUUGAUGAAUAGGGUGUUCAAGCCAUUUUUGGAUGUGUUCGUGAUAGUAUUUAUAGAUGACAUUAUGGUGUAUUCAAGAUCUGAAGAGGACCAUGCUAAUCACUUGCGGCAGGUGCUACAGAUUCUUGGUGAUCGAAAGUUGUACGCAAAGUUCUCUAAAUGUGAGUUUUGGUUAAGAUCUGUGGCAUUUUUGGGUCAUAUUGUAUCUGAUGAAGGAGUAAGGGUUGAUACCCAAAAGAUAGAAGAUGUGAAGAACUGGCCAAGACCUACAACACCUACGGAGGUUCGUAGUUUCCUUGGGCUGGCAGGUUAUUAUAGAAGGUUUGUUGAAGGAUUUGCUUCUAUUUCCGCACCAUUAACAAAACUAGCACAAAAAGAAGUCAAGUUCCAGUGGAGCGAUGCAUGUGAAAGAAGCUUCCAAGAACUGAAGAAUAAAUUGACUUCUACACCUGUAUUGGUACUUCCAGAAGGCACGGAAGGGUACGUAGUGUAUUGUGAUGCAUCGGGAGUGGGCUUAGGAUGUGUGUUGAUGCAGCAUGGUAAGGUGAUAGCUUAUGCCUCAAGGCAGUUGCGGUCACAUGAGAAAAACUAUCCAACCCAUGAUCUAGAGCUAGCAGCAGUUGUGUUUGCUUUGAAGAUAUGGCGCCACCACUUGUAUGGUGUUCACGCAAAUGUUGUAGCUGAUGCUUUAAGUCGUAAAAUGAUGGAAAGAACUUAUGAGCAGUCCAUAGGAAGGCAGCAAAUAACUAAAGUUCUACGUCAAUUAGCUAGCUUGGGGGUUCGCCUUCUUGAAUUUCCAGAUGAAGGAGUUAUUGUGCAAAAUGCUGCAAAAUCCUCAUUUGUAGCGGAGGUGAAAGAGAAGCAGUACACGGAUCCUAUCCUAUUACAGCUUAAGGAGAAUGUACAACAAGUUAAAGUAGAGCACCAGAAGUCUGGAGGUUAUAUGCAGCGUAUAGAACUUCCAAUUUGGAAGUGGGAUAUGAUUAAUAUGGAUUUUGUCACUGGUUUUCCUCGCUCAUUUCGGAAGUUUGAUUCCAUAUGGGUGAUUGUUGAUAGACUCGCCAAAGUAGCGCACUUCUUACCGGUCAAGACUACUUAUACAGUUGAAGAGUAUGCAAUGUUGUAUAUUAAAGAGAUAGUUCGGCUACAUGGAGUGCCAAUCUCUAUUAUAUCUGAUAGAGGAGCUCAAUUCACCGCGAACUUUUGGAAGUCAUUUCAGAAGAGUUUGGGAACGCAAGUGAAUUUAAGCACAUCCUUUCACCCUCAAACAGAUGGUCAGGCAGAACGUACAAUCCAAACACUUGAGGAUAUGUUCUACCAUUCAAGUAUCAGAAUGGCACCUUAUGAAGCGUUAUAUGGGAGAAAGUGCAGGUCAUCGAUCGGAUGGUUUGAAGCGGGCGAAACUGCCUUAUUUGGGCCAGAUCUUGUUCAUCAAGCUAUGGAAAAAGUUAACGUGAUACAACAACGAUUAGCAACAGCUCAAAGCCGACAUAAAUCAUAUGCAGAUAAUAGAAGGAGAGGACUGGAAUUUUUCAUAGGAGAUUGA